GGAAAUUUGGAUCGUGUUUCUGUUGAAGCUUGAAGGUGACUACAUAUAGCACCAGCUGUACUUGUAACUUUCACCAGUUUCGACUGGCCAAUGCUUCGCAGCGCACUUUCAUGUAAUCACCGAUGUUGUCCAAGACAAAUUCACCUCAAGGUCUAUUUCUCUUCGACGGCGCGGACAGCGAACGACAAGCCGCCUCCGAAACACAAUGACAAAAUCAACUAUAAUGCGGAUAUCUCUUUCUCCAACACUGUCGACUCGAAACACCUCAAGUAUCCGAUGCUUUCGUCGCGUGACCUCGAGUCUCAUCGUAAACCACCAACCAGAGUGCGGAUGCUAGUCCGAGAUUUCAUAGAGGAUUCAUUGUACAAUCCGCACUAUGGCUAUUUCAGCAAGCGCGCCACGAUCUUCACUGCACCUCCGCACUGCGGCGGCGUUGAGGGAGGCUUUGAUUUCAACAAGUAUAGAGACAGUGCCGAGUUCGAAGUCGACGUUGCAAAGAGGUACAGGGAGUUUGGCAAUGGAGAAGAGGACGGUCCUGGCAGGCAACUAUGGCACACUCCGACAGAAUUGUUUAAGCCAUGGUAUGGGCAGGCGAUAGCUCAGUGCCUGGUGUCUGAGUACUUGCUCAAAUACUUCCCUUACGAAGACUUCAAGGUCUACGAGCUGGGAGCCGGAAAUGGCACGCUGGCACUGAAUGUUCUGGAUUUUGUGAAAACACACUACCCAGAGGUAUAUGACCGCACACAGUAUACAAUCAUUGAGAUCAGCGAGAAGUUAGCACGGGCGCAGCGACACCGUCUACAUCAACAGGGUCAUGGUCGGGUCGUGGACGUGGUGAACCGGAGCGUUUUUCGGUGGGAACGCACGGAACACGCGCCAUGUUAUGUGGUAGCAGCGGAGGUGGUUGACAAUUUUGCACACGACGUGGUGCGGUAUGAUCUGAAGACCCUGGAGGCAUAUCAGGGGGUCGUAGCCGUGGACGAAGUUGGCGAGUUCGUACCAUUUUACACGAAAAUCAGUGAUCCGCUCAUCGCUUCCUAUCUCGCGCUGCGUCGGCGGCUGUCACUUCCUGUCCCGCUACCACGCUUCCUCCGUUCGCCAUCUUUGCGGAGAUUGUACGCAUCUAUGCCAUUCGCACCGAACCUUUCACCCCCAGAUUACAUCCCGACGAGGCUGUUGAGCCUACUGAAGAUACUACGUACACACUUUCCUCGUCACCGGCUUUUAUUAACGGACUUUUCGUCGCUACCGGAUGCGGUGCCAGGUUUAAACGCCCCUGUGGUGCAAACCCGUGUUGGCUCAACGAUGAUCCCUUGUGGGAGUAUCUUCGUACAACAAGGCUGGUUCGACAUUAUGUUCCCGACGGACUUUACUGCUCUUCGCGAGAUGUACGAGUUCUUGUUGUCGCAGGCGGGGCCUGACGCGGAUGAACAGGACGAACUCUCGUAUGCAAGAGUGUCGCCAUUGGCAUCGAGCACGUCCCCGCUUUCGCUUGGAGCCGGUUUCUUCUCAUCCCGUGCUCGCCGCUCACCCCUGGAUGGCGUGACAUCUGCGAGUGGGCUUCCCGUUGGUGAGCGAAAGAGCAGCGUGUUCAGUCAUGCGGAAUAUUUGGAGACAUAUGCGGACCUUGGGAAGACAAGACUGGUGAAUGGGGAGAAUCCGAUGGUUGGAUUUUAUGAAAAUGUGAAGGUGUUAUUUUGAUGUGCGUUUUUGAUGAAUUUUGCUUCAGAGUGUCUUCCGUUGUACAUGAUUAAGAAGAUCAUCCAAUUGGGCGAUUUUCGUUGGGCCACGACUAAUAUGCGCCUAUCUGAUGGGAGACCCGUCUUAGGGUCUACGUACAAAUGAUGCAAUAUCAGUGGCAAUCACAACAUCAUCGACGGCCAUCUAUCGAUCACUGAUCUCUCCCUUUAUGGAACUUGCUGAGUUGAUAGUGUUGCGAGUGCACGGCAAGCACUCUGAUCUGCUCUGGACAGACGAUAGGUCGAUGCUUGAUUGCGAUAGCGCGCUGAUCGAACUAUUGAUGUGACUAUGCUAGCGCAAGAGCAAUCCAGUUCGCGAUGGCAUCGAUAUCGCAAAAUAUUUUCUCAAGCAAAAUUACCACAUGAGAUAAG